AUGGCAGACACUAAUAUACAAGAAGACAAAAAUAGGCGUUCCGAGGCCCAACUGGAGACGAAAGGGUUGGGGGAGGCCCUCGAUUUUGACGAGGCCAUUUUGCGUGCCCAAGGUCACAGGGUCCAACUAGAGCGGUCGUUCUCAUGGCUGGGUGCUCUAGGCCUUGCAUUCAGCAUCGUCAAUUCUUGGUUGACUUAUGCGGCCUGCUUCGGUGUGACAUACAGCUAUGGUGGCGGACCGGUCGCUAUCUUCAGCCCUAUUAUCUCAGCCACUGUUCAGUGGAUCAUGCUCUUGGGAGUUGCCGAGCUCUCCUCUGCGUUUCCCUCCUCCGGAGGGCAAUACCACUUCACAUACAUGGUUGCUCCCGAGGGUUACAAGGCCUUCGCGGCGUACAUUGUCGGCUCGAUCAAUGUGGUCGCCUGGUGGCAACGCAUCGAAAAUAUGACGGAAACUGCGAUGUUUCUAUCGAUCCUAGGAUUUGCACUGGUGGUGAUUGUCUGUCUGGUAAUGGGUCGGGGGUCAUACCAUCCUAGCAGUCUGGUAGAAUUCCGGUCAACAAGUGGAUGGACUACUGGCCCAGGUUGGAUGCUAGCAAUUGGAAACGGAGAAUACGCAUUUGCAGCAGCUGGUGCCUGUGUCCAUAUUGCGGAGGAGAUUCCAAAUCCCAGUCGGAAGAUCCCACUUGUGAUGUUUGUGUUUCCAGCCCUUCAUGUUCUACUCGAGCCACGCUUAUCCUUGAAAGUAAUAUCACCAUUCUUCUCGGAUAUGGAGGCAGUCCAGAACUCUUUUCUUCCCAGCCUGGAAUUAUUCUACCAGGGUACAGGCAGCAAAGCAGCAGCAGCCUGCCUUCAAGCUUACUUGACCAUUCUAUACUACACAUGUGUCCCUAGCCAGUGGAUUACUAGCAGCCGAAUGACCUGGGCAUUCUCCCGGGAUAAUGGUCUUCCAUUUUCGAAUUACUGGUCUGAAGUGGAUAAAAAGCGCAACAUCCCGGUUCGAGCCACACUUCUAUCGGCUGGAUUCUGUGUUGUCUAUGGCCUCCUCUACAUUGCAAGCACCCAGGCUUUCAACUCAAUUAUUAAUACUGCAGUUUUGAUGUUGAAUAUUACAUACACUGUCCCUCAGGCCAUCCUCAUGGUCCAAGGAAGGCAUAUACUCCCCUCACGCCCAUUGAAUCUGGGACGGUCGGGAUAUCUGGUACACCUCUUUUCCGUCUUGUGGCUCAUUUUGAGCGGUAUAUUCUUUUGCUUCCCGACAACCAACCCACCAACACUCGGAAACAUGAAUUAG